AUUUAAUUCAUUAACACCUGGUACUCUACAUAUGGGAUCGACCAGAUCUGACACUUCGAGCAGCAGAAGACGAUGGACAUUAAAGCUUGUUGUAUCAUCAGAAGGGACAGAAAAGGUUGAUAUUGAGCUGACAGAUAGAUCAAGCACCGAUUCAAAUCAAUCAAUUACAUCCAUUUCUGUACAGGUAUAUGUACAGCUAGCUGUAUCAAUGUACAGAUAUGUACAGCUGGCUAUAUUUAUGUAGAUAUGUUUAUGUAUCUAGCAGUAUCAAUGUACAUUACAGAGCUAGCAGUAUUAAUGUAAAGGUAUAUGUACACUGUACAGGCUAUAUUAAUGUAAAUGUUUAUGUACAGCUAGGCAUAUUUAUGUAGAUGUAUAUGUACAGCUGGCCAUAAUAUUCUAAA